GCUAUUAAACUUAUAGUCUCAGAAUUCCACAUUUUGCAAAACUGUGAUUCAAACACAGUAAACUUCUUUACGUUCCAAAAAUUAAAAUGCAAGUCAAGAAAUAUGAGGCUUUUUAUCAAUUGCAACUAAUAAGUGCAGCUAUUAUGAGUUAUUUAUCUUUAGUUGCAGUAAGUAAUUGUAUAGAAGUUAUACAAGAUAAAGGGAGAAAAUGUUUGGCAGUGGGUUGGUUUUAAUAUUGUUUCCCAUUUUUAUGUUCUAGUUUUUUUUUCAUAAUUAUUAUGUUAAGUAUACAAAUGGAAUAUCACAAGAAAGUCCAAUCUGUCCUUUAAUAGACAAUUUAUAGUACAUAUGGGUAGGUACUCUUAAAGAGAAAGUAGUACAUUUAUGGUGGGGGAAAUUGCCAAAAAAGCCCCUUUCACGAUUGUACAGCAUUUGGCAAAAGGCUAAGUAUCGAAUGGCUCAAAUUCAUUGUUUGGAAAAGUUUUUUUUAGCUUUUAGCAUUUAAAAAGAAGGGUGCUCGGUUACCGCCUUCACUGUUCCUUUUAAUUCGAUUUUUCUAUAAUGAGGAAAACCAUUAUCGGCUUUGACUUGCCGAAAUGACUCUGUAAUACGUAUGGCACAUAUAUGCAGUAUUUUCUGUGCUUCAUUUGGUCUAAUUUGCACACUCCAAGAUGGUUCAUGAAUGUAGGAAUGUAUUAACAAUAUGACUGCAACUAUUCACUAUUACUUUUUUGUUUUAGGUGGUAAAAUUGUGUCAUGUUUCCAAAGACUUUAUGAGUUCAGAAACUCAAUAUCACGUACGGCUCUUCUAUCAUAAUAUUAUGGAGAUAUUCCAGACGAAGGUCUGAAGACAUCCCUGUAAAUAAUGGAUGAGGAUUCAGUUUUAAACAGUCAUGUUAUACCUCGCCAAGAUAACUCAGCAGUAAUAAAAGCUCAUGAAAUAUCUCCUAGAGGGCAAGAUGAAAUUCAAGCUUCGCCACGGAAAUUAUUUAAUGAUUUGGAUCAUAAAUGUGUUAUUAGUGAGUCAUAUCUUGUUAAGUGUGAGAUAGGCGGCAUAACUAAUAGUUCAAAUUGUUCUGGCAAUGAUAAGUGUCUUGAAUCUACGCUUCUAAAACACCAAAACAAUCACACCAGAGAAAAAACAUUUGCAUGUUGUGAAUGUGGGAAAUCUUUUAAAAGAAAGUCAUGUCUUAUUGUACACAAAAGAAUUCACACAGGAGAGAAGCCAUUUAUAUGUUCUGAAUGUGGGAAAUGUUUUGCCGCAAAGUCAGCGCUCAGUAGACACAAGGGUAUUCACACAGGAGAAAAACUGUUUGCAUGCUCCAUAUGUGAGAAACGUUUCUCUCAAAAGUCACAACUGUGGGAACAUCAGAGAGCUCACCUGGGACAAAUAAAAUAUACAUGCUCUGAAUGUAAGAAAUGUUUUUCAGCAAAGCCAGCUCUUCGGCAACAUGAGAGGAUUCACACAGGAGAGAAACCUUUCCAGUGUUCUAAAUGUGGGAAAUGUUUUAGCCAGUAUGCACAUCUUCUUAUACAUCAGAGAAAUCACACUGGAGAGAAACCAUAUGCAUGUCAUAAAUGUGGUAAACGUUUUGCAGCAAAGUCAGCACUUGUUCGGCAUGAGAAAACUCAUACAGGAGAGAAAGCAUAUGAAUGUCCUGAAUGUGGGAAACAGUUUAUGGAAAAAUCUAGCCUUAUAAGCCAUGAGAAAACGCACAUGGGAGAGAAACCUUUUGCUUGUUCUGAAUGUGGGAAAUGUUUUGCUGCAAAGUCUGCAUUUAGUCGACAUGGGAAAACUCACACAGGAGAGAAGCCAUUUGCAUGUUCUGAGUGUGGGAAAUGUUUUGUCACAAAGUCAGAGCUUAGCAGACAUGAGCAAAUUCACCAGCGAGGAAAGCAAACUAUCUAGGAUUAACCCUUUCUACUGUAAACAUAGCAGUUUCUACCCAUGGGUUAAUCCAGCCUCCAGUGGCUGUCUCAUUGAUUUUCACAGUGAGAAGGCGCCAGCGUCCAUAGGAAAGCAUUGAGAAUGCUUUCCUAUGGACUGACUGAAUACGCGCGGCUCUUGCUGCGCAUGCACAUUCAGCCGAUGAUGGCGAAAAAGAGGAGGAGAGUUUCCCGCACCGAGGGAGCCUGGCUGAGGAAAGCAGUUAAGAUUUAACCUCUUCCACCCCCCUAGAGCCUGGCGGGAUGGGGUCCCUGAGGGUGGGGGGACCUAGAGAAUGUUUUCCUGGCACUAUAGUGGUCCUUUAAUACAGCACAUAUCUAAAACUGAUAAUAUCUUAUAUAUCUAUGCAUGUCUACUUCAUUGGUUAGUUCUCUGGUUGGACUUUAGUGCCAUGUCUUGUUUUAAAUAUGUCUUAUUAAAUUGAAUAAAGUGAAAUUAUGUUUCAGUCAUAUUGAGAAGUUGCUUACUUUCACAUAUGUGCAUUUAUUUUUUUGGUUUGUGCACUUACUCACUAAACAC